GUAUCCUGUUCAGCUGAUGGUACACUUCGAAUAUGGAAUCUUAAAACCGCGGAGUGUGCCACAACUUUCCGUAUAGCUGGUGACACAGCUGUGAAUUCAGUUACUCCAAUUCCCAAAACAGAUCAGAUUAUUGUAUGCAAUCGUUCUAACACUCUGUAUAUUGUGAAUCCACAAGGACAGGUGGUUAGAUCCAUGACAUCAGGAAAACGUGGAGCGGAGGGUGAAUUUAUAGCAUGCACUGUGUCUCCACGUGGCGAAUGGACAUAUGCCGUGGCCGAAGAUGGUGUAUUGUAUUGCUUCCCCUUAUUAACUGGCGUUUUGGAAAAUACGCUUCCUGUAAGAGAGUUUUCUUUUGCUUUUUUUCAAUAUUAA